CUCAACAACUCGGGUACGUGAUAACUAUGUCCACUAAAUUUUAAACAAAACUGAAGAAAUUGCUUAGCUUGUGUACAAAUUAAUAUUUCACCAAAGCUUACAUACAUUCAAAUAAAUCACAUAUUUUUUUGUCUAGUCUUUGCUCGGUGAUCCAUUACAACUUCAUUUACCAUAUGCUCCUGUGUAAAUUAAUUUUUGUUUUGUUGUCUCAUUAAAAAAAUUUAAAAUAUCAACGAUAUAAUUCCUUCCCUCCCAAUAUUCCAGCUACAUUUGAGAGCAAAUAGUGCAGUGGCUGAUGAACCAACAAACAUUGGUGGAGAGCUUCCACAUUUUAAAAACAUGCAUAGCCCAAAGAAACCUCUUAACUGGCAAAUCUCUACAUACACUUUACAUCAAAUCACUGAUUCCACAAUCUACUUACUUCUCCAACCAUUUCAUCCUUCUCUACUCCAAAUGUGGCCUACUUAACACUGCUCGUAAAGCUUUCGAAGCAACCCAACAACCCAAUGUCUUCUCUUUCAAUGCUAUCCUCAAUGCCUAUGCUAAAGAAGGUCAACCCCACCUUGCACACCACUUGUUCGAUAAAAUUCCCCAACCAGAUAUUGUUUCCUACAACACCCUUAUUUCUGCUUAUGCUGACCUUGGUUACACUCUGCCUGCUGUUAGACUCUUUCUUGACUUGAAGGACACGUGUCUUGCUAUGGAUGGGUUUACACUUUCCGCUGCUAUUACUGCUGCUAAUGAUAAUGUUGGUUUUAUAACUCAGCUUCAUUGCAUGUCUGUAUAUACUGGCCUUAACUCUUAUGCUUCUGUUAACAACACGCUUAUUACGUAUUAUAGUAAAAAUGGGGUUCUUGAUUAUGCGCGAGGGGUUUUUGAGUCGAUGGGUGAGAUAAAAGAUGAGGUUUCUUGGAACACGAUGAUUGUUGCUUAUGGGCAGCAUAGGGAAGGGAUAAAGGCAUUGGCUUUGUAUAAAGAAAUGGAAUUUAGGGAGUUAUGUUUAGAUAUGUUUACUUUGGCAAGUGUAUUGACAGCGCUUACGUCUAUCGAAGACUUGCGUGGUGGGCUUCAAUUUCAUGCUCGGUUAAUCAAAAUGGGGUUUCAAGAAAAUCCACAUGUUGGAAGUGGGCUGAUUGAUUUGUAUUCAAAAUGUAGUGAUGGUAUAUUAGAUUGCAAGAAAGUAUUUCGGGAAAUUCCUUAUCCUGACUUGGUCGUUUGGAACACAAUGAUUUCUGGAUAUUCACAGUCUGAAUUGUGUGAAGAAGCUGUUGCUUGUUUUAGACAAAUGCAGCUUGCUGGUCAUCACCCUGAUGAUUGCAGCUUUGUUUGUGUGAUUAGUGCAUGUUCUAACUUGUCAUCGCCGUCGCAAGGGAAACAGAUUCACUCUUUGGCAAUCAAAUCUAGCAUUCCAUCCAAUCGAAUCUCAGUGAACAAUGCUCUCAUUACAAUGUAUUCUAAAUGUGGAAAUCUGCAAGAUGCAAGACUACUUUUUGAUAGAAUGCCUGAGCAUAAUGCUGUCACUUUAAAUUCUAUGAUAGCAGGCUAUGCUCAGCAUGGGCAUGGAGCAGAGUCGCUUUUACUAUUUGCAUGGAUGCUUGAAGGAAAUAUGACACCUACAAAUAUAACUUUCAUCUCUGUCCUAUCUUCAUGUGCACACACUGGAAAAGUCGAGGAAGGGAAGAAGUAUUUUGGUUUAAUGACUCAUAAAUUUGGGAUAAAACCGGAGGCUGAGCACUAUAUAUGCAUGAUCGACCUUUUGGGUCGAGCAGGGAAGCUCGAAGAAGCAGAGAGACUAAUCGAAACAAUGCCAUAUAAUCCUGGUACAAUUGGCUGGGGCUCGUUACUUAGGGCAUGUCGAACGCAUGGUAAUAUAGGGCUAGCAACAAAGGCAGCUAACCAGUGUGUUCAGCUGGAUCCAUCAAAUGCGGCGCCGUAUGUCAUGCUUGCGCACAUGAAUGCUUGUCUCGGCAGAUGGGAAGAGGUAGCAUUGAUUAGAAAAGAAAUGCGAGACAAGGGAGUUAGAAAGCAAGUGGGGUGUAGUUGGAUUGAGGUGGCCAAGAGGGUUCAUGUCUUUGUGGCAGAAGAUAGUUCUCAUCCGAUGAUAAAUUUGGUGUAUAAAUUCUGGGAAGAGAUGUCAAAGAAGAUGAAGCAAGAAGGGUAUUCUCCGGAUUUGAGGUGGGCUCUGCUGAGAGAUGAUGGAACUAGACAGGAGGAGAGAGAGAGAAGCUUGUGGCAUCACAGUGAAAAGCUGGCAGUUGCUUUCGGACUUUUAUCGACCAAAGAUUCUGAACCUAUUCUUAUCAUAAAGAAUUUGAGAAUAUGUGGUGACUGUCAUAAUGCAAUUAAGUUUCUAUCUGGUAUGACAGGAAGAGUGAUUACAGUAAGGGAUUGCCACAGGUUUCAUUGCUUCAAGGGUGGGACAUGUUCCUGUGGGGAUUACUGGUGAUAGCUGAUGAGUUUAGCAAUCAGAAUGCUGAUCUGAUUACAGUCAAUUCAUGUGAUUGCCAUGCGCUAUGGAGAGUGAAUUUGUGAACGUUAUACAGUGUACUUUGAGUUAGUAAGAUGGAGUACAAUUUUGUAUUUCUUGGCAACAGAAAGAUGGGCCUAAUAUUUUUGUUUAACCAGUUGAAAUUAUAAGGGGUAUGAAGAUGCCAACCUCUUGUUCAUUCACUGCAAGGUUAAUUACGAGGCAACUAUGGAAUGUGAUGUUACAUCUUAAAGAGGUGAAAUGGUGCAUGCUUGAGACAGCAAAAGAACCCUACAAAAGCUGGAGAAACAAAGUAACCAGCAAGAAGUUUAGUGUGUGCAACACAAUCCCAGCAAGCAUAUGGUGGGUCAUACGGAGAAAAAGAAAUCAUAAAACUUGAAGGCGGUUGGAUAGCAACAAUGGUAAUUUUCUUGACCAUGAAUGAUUGAACAACAUGAAGAAAGAUCAUUUUGAAUCCAAUUAAAGAUUAGUCACUUCAUGUUAUUCAUUGUUUAACAUGGUGAUAUAAGCAAAUUUUUAUUUCAAAAAGCAUUUGUAAUUCCAUAAUGCGUCCACCGAACUGCUUCAAUUUCCCAUUUUCUAACAAUUUUAGGGAUAUACUUGUAACCUGACUGUUAGAUGAGCCAACAGUUGACCGAGAAAAGUGAUGUAUAUAGCUUUGGAGUGGUGUUGCUAGAGCUGAUAACUGCAAGAGCUCCAAUAGAACGAGGAGAACACAUAGUGAGACUGGUUGCAGAGACCAUAUCUGAUUCAAAAAAUAACUGCAGACUCUACCAAUUAAUAGAUCCAAGAAUUGGCCCAGGUUCAAAACUCGAAGGCAUUGAUAGACUAUUUGCAUUGAGAAUGAGAUGUGUUAAUGAAUGACAGGCCUUCCAUGGGUGAGGUUCUGAAAGAAACUGAGAGUAUCAUUGAACUGGCCAGCUUGAGCGAGUAUACUGUAGAAGAGCUCACAAUGACUAGGCUUUUGAUUAUAGUGGUAAAUUUUGGGGUGCAUGAACACCACUUUGUGAAGUUACUAAGGAGUAGGGGUGUCAAAUGGGCGGGUUGGGCUGAAAUUGGACAUGUCAAAAUGAGCUGAGUUAAUAAAUAACCGGGUCAUUAACCCGCCCAAAGCUAAACGGGUUGGGCGGGUCAUGAUUUUAUGAGCUGAUUUUGUCACCCCUACUAAGGAGUAUAAUUGUGAAUUGUGAUAUGCAUUUGUUUGCUAUAUUGAGUAUAAGUGUAUAACCAUGAAUCACGUUUGUUUGUUUGUUUGUUUGGUACAAGUGAUUCUUCUGUUCUAAUACUAGCUUUAUCUGAAGUCAGAAUUACAGAUGGCUUCUUGAGAUUAAGUGAUCUUUGUAUCGAUAAUUGAUUGAAAAAAAGUUAGAUCAUACUGAGCAGUACAGAUGAAUUCUGUAGCUCAAAACCUGGAACUCUUAACAAAUUAAGAGUUCUCUUAUUACACUGACCUUUG